AUGAGUCCAUCGAUUGAUAUGUGCCUCAAAAUUGUCUACGAAAAGAUUGUAGACAAUUUCCUCCUGGUAGUCGCUGUACCACUCACCAUUGCCGCAGCUACUACUGCGAUGGCAAGACUCAAGCCUAACGAGUCCACAGAUCGAAUUCAAUCCUUCAGUCAUCCACAGAUCUUGUCAAUUUUGUUGUUCUUGGCUAUCGCAGUGAUCGCAUAUUACAUGCAGCGCCCACGCAUGGUGUACCUCGUCGACUAUGCUUGCUUCCGCACCACAUAUAACUACCGUGUUCCCUAUGCCGCUUUUGUUGAGCAUGUCCGCCAAGUCAGCCAUUUCAGUGAGCGUAGCGUCCGUUUCCUGACACGCCUACUCGAGCGAUCAGGCCUUGGAGAGGAGACAUGCCUUCCUACAGUGAGCCAGUACAUUAAACCCUACAAGUACUGCACGUUGGAGGCUGCUCGCGAGGAAGCUCAGCUCGUCGUCUUCUCAGCCAUUGACGAUCUAUUUGCCAAAACGAACAUUUCUCCUCUCGCCAUUGACAUUCUGGUCGUAAACUGUGGAUUUAGUCCGACACCAGGUUUCCCCGACAUGAUCAUGAACAAGUACAAGAUGCGUAGUGACAUCCGCAACGUCCAUCUAUCUGGAAUGGGGUGCAGCGCGGGUUUAGCCUCCGUAGACCUCGCCAAGAACCUUCUGCAGGCCACGCCGCGAGGGGCACGGGCGUUGGUCGUGUCAACAGAAACUCUCACACCCAACUACUAUUUUGGGAACGAGAGAGCUAUGCUGCUUCCAUAUUGCUUGUUCCGCAUGGGCGGAGCUGCAGUGCUGCUUUCAACAUCACCCGCAAAGGCCCGUUUUCGACUCAAGUAUGUCGUUCGGACACACACUGCAGCAGACGACAAGUCAUACCAGUGCAUCUAUCAGAAAGAGGAUGACAUGGGAAACAAAGGGGUGGAUCUCUCCACGGAUCUCAUGGCCGUUGCUGCCAGGACGCUCAAAGCCAACAUCACCACCAUUGCGCCGCUCGUCCUUCCAGCCUCCGAGAAACUCUUGUUUGCAAUGUCCUUCGUAUCUACGAAGCUUCUCAGAAUGCGGACCAAGUUGUACGUGCCUAACUUCCUCACAGCGUUCGAGCAUAUUUGCAUCCAUGCAGGUGGGCGUGCAGUGAUUGAUGAGAUCCAGCGCAGCCUAGGUCUGUCAGACGAGCAUGUUGAGUCAUCCAGGAUGACACUGCAUCGAUUCGGCAACAUAUCUAGCAGCUGCUUAUGGUAUGAAUUGGCAUACAUCGAGGCCAAGCGCCACAUGCAAAAGGGUGAUCGAGUAUGGAUGAUUGGAUUUGGUUCUGGAUUCAAGUGCAACAGUGCAGUAUGGGAGUGCAUCGUUCCACAAAAUAGUGAAGAUGGGCCAUGGGCUAGGUGCAUCCAUCGUUAUCCAGUACGUACAUGA